GGUCAUUUCACUUGACUUAUUUACAGCCCCUCUGUGUUUGCUGGGAACCCACACAGGUGGGGGAAGGUGGAGUAAAGUUCAAGGGGGUGUGGGUGAUAGGGGGAGCAUAAGGUCGGGAGGUCUCUGGGAUUCAGGUGGGCGGUGUUGGGUGCUCCAGGAGGCCAGGGCUGAGAUGCCCGGCCCGAAAUGGAGAGGAUGGUCCUGAAUACCAGCCCCGCCAGUGGGGAAGCACCUGUCUCCCAGAUGCCCUCCCCUCACCGAAGCGGGGACUUCCGCAGUACCUCCUGCUGGCCUUUGGAGGAAAGAGAAAGUGAAAGGGGAAGAGGAGGCUGCGGGACGAAGAUCGCAGAAACAUGAGGCCCCUAUACCUGCUCCUCAUAGUGGCUUUGGGCUUGGCGGGUGAGGUCUCUGCAGGGCGCGCGGUCAUUGAGUGCUGGUUCGUGGAGGAUGUGGGCGGUGGCCGCCUGGCCAAGAGACCCGCGGCCCUGCUGCUGCACCAGGGCCCCGGGACACCACCUCCUCGGCCCGACCUCGACCCCAAGCUCUACAUCAAGGUGCACGACCCCACCAGCACCCUCCAGGCUGCUUUCAAAAGGUACUCCCGGGACGCCCCGGCGCCACACUGCGAGAUGAGCCGUUACAUCCUGCUCCCCGCCUCGGCCAAGUGGGCCAGCGGCCUGACCCCUGAGAGCUGCCCGAACGCCCUGGACGGUACUUGGUACAUGGUCAGCGUGACCAGCUCGGUGCUCAGCCUGUCCAGCCUCCUGCAGUUACAGCCCGAACCUCAGCCUGAGCCCGUUCUCAUCACCAUGGCGACAGCCGUGCUGUCUGUCUUCACCAACACACCUGCCCCUCGAAUCCGACUGGGACGAGAUGCACUGCUGGACUUGAGUUUUGCCUACACACCGCCCACCUCCCAGGCUACUCCAGCUCCAGCCCCAGGCCCCCCUCCCUUUGGACUGGAGUGGCGACGUCAGCACCUGGGUAAAGGGCACCUGCUCCUGGCUGCCACUCCUGGGCUGGAUGGACAGAUGCCAGCUGCCCAAGAGGGAGCAGUGGCAUUUGCAGCGUGGGAUGAUAAUGAGCCUUGGGGUCCAUGGACUGGAAAUGGGACCCUCUGGCUACCUGCAGUGCAGCCCUCUCAGGAGGGUUCCUAUCUGGCCACCGUCCACCUGCCAUACCUGCAAGGGCAGGUCACCCUGGAGCUUGCUGUGCAGAAGCCCCCCAAAGUGUCUCUGACACCAGCACCUCUUGUAUGGGCUACUGUUGGGGAGGCCCCCCCGGAGUUGCUCUGCCUUGUGUCCCAUUUUUACCCCUCUGAGGGCCUCGAGAUAGAAUGGGAGCUCCGUGGUGGCCCAGAAGGCGGCAUUCAGAAGGCCAAGGGGCAGAAGUGGUUCUCCACAGUUCGCCACCAUUCUGAUGGCUCCGUCAGCCUCUCUGGGCACUUCCAGCCAACCCCGGUCACUGCUGAGCUCCACGGGGCACGCUAUGCCUGCCGCGUCUACCACUCAAGCCUUCCUGCUUUGGGACGCAGCGCAGAGAUCACACUGGAGAUAGCAGGUUUCUCUGGGCCCUCCCUGGAGGAUGGAGUUGGUCUCUUCCUAUCUGCCUUUUUCCUCCUUGGGCUUAUCAAGGCACUGAGCUGGCUUGCUGCCUACCUGUCUACACCCAAGGAUUCAAAGGAGGAGAAGAAAGCAGAGUGAGAGCACUCACCUUCAUCCUGGGGAAGCCAUCAUUAUUUCUGCCUCAGCUACUAUGAUAGCACCCUCAUCAACCACCAUCUGUUCCUGCCUCCUCCUACCUCUCCAAAAGUGACUGGAAUACUUUAAUUGCUGUUAGAAUUUUUUUUUUUUUAGAUACAAACUUAUGGCAUUCAUCUUUUUAGGCCUCUAGGACAAUGGUUCUCAAAAUUUUUAGUCUCAGGACCUCUGAAAACUUAUCAAGGAAUCUUAAGGAGCUUUUGCUUAGGAGGGUUGUAACUUCAUUGUCCCGGAACUUAAAAAAGAAAAAUCUUGAGGCCAGUUAUGCCAGUGCACAUCUUGUGCCUUCUGAAAAACAGUGUAUAUUCUUAGAGAACUAGAGUGAAAAAAGCAGGUGACAUCUUAGCAUUAUGAAAAGUCUUAACCUGGUAAAACCCCUGCAAGAGUCACAGGUUCACACUCGAGAACAAGUGUCCUAGAAGCCAAACCCACUCUUCUUGCCAUUGGCCUAAGCAUCCCACACUUAGCCGCAGCUUACCCUUCUGCCCACCUGUGCCCUCCGACCUCCUCUCCCUCCUGCCAGCCCUUGGUGCCCAUGCUCCUUUCCCUCUGCCAGCUCGACCCUCAUCCUCUCUGGGCUCUAGUCACGAUCAGCCCUAGCACUGCAGGCCACCAUGUGUCCCACUGGUGCGGUUCUCUGCGAUUGUACUUACUUAAGUGAUUAAGAGAGUCGUUGGUAAACGUCUUGUCUCCUCCCUCCGCCCCCCCUCCCAUACUGAGGGCUCCUGAAAGCAAGGAUGCACCUGUCUGCAGUAUCCCCUGCGCCUGCACAGCCUGACGGCCACUGGGGGGCGCCCGGCGUAAGAAAUUAAUCUUUCCCGCCUACUGCAUUUAAACACCGGUGGUGUCAGGGCUAGUAACCAGUGGUCGAAGGAAGCUGCGACUCGUUUUGGGGAACCUCCGAGGAACAGGACUGCCGGCCAGACGGACGCGGGCGGCGGGUCUAAAAGUGUGGGAAUAAAUUGUGUUCCAAAGCUCCCAAA